GGACUAGGCGUUUGCUGGGGAAUAAAAAACAGUGUGUCUCGCUGGAUGUCGGCGGCGUUCACGUGGAGCUCACGCGCUUCAGAUUUGCGUGUGUGGUUUUGACUGAGGAGCGCCUCUCAGUGGCCAAGCCAUGCAGGUCCAGGAUCUGAUCUGGCAGUUCCGCAUGCCUGAAUUGGGCGACUUCAGGCAAUAUGUACGGAGUUUACCCACCAACACGCUGAUGGGCAUGGGCGCCUUCGCCGCCAUCACCACUUACUGGUACGCCACCAGACCACGAGCCCUGAAACCCCCCUGCGACCUCACCAUGCAGUCUGUGGAGGUGGAAGUGGAGGGUGGAGAAUACGCUCGCCGUUCUGUGCUCUUGGAUAGCGACAGGUUGAUGAUGCACUUCUACGAUGAUGCAAGGACCAUGUACGAGGUGUUUCUGCGUGGAAUCAGAGUCUCCAAUAACGGUCCUUGUUUGGGAUCGAGAAAACCUAAGAAGCCGUAUGAAUGGCUCUCGUACAAAGAGGUUGCAGACAGGGCAGAGAUGAUUGGUUCAGCAUUGCUCCACAGAGGUCACAGUAAAGAAGGAGACAAAUACAUCGGUAUCUUCUCCCAGAACAGACCUGAGUGGACGAUAUCAGAGCUGGCCUGCUACACCUACUCACUGGUGGCUGUUCCACUGUAUGACACUCUGGGCACUGAGGCCAUCAGCUACAUCAUAGACAAAGCUGAGAUCUCGACGGUUAUAUGUGACGUGGUCCAGAAGGUGCGUACGUUGCUGGACUGUGUGUCAGGUCGAGAGCACAGCAUCAAGACCAUCGUACUGAUGGAGGAGAAGGACAGUGAGCUCACGGGACAAGCGGAAAAGGAGGGCAUCCAGAUUAUCAGCCUGAGAGAACUGGAGGCUCUUGGCAAAGCCUCCCACAGACGCCCGAUGCCUCCGACACCUGAAGACCUCGCUCUGAUCUGCUUCACCAGUGGAACGACAGGGAAUCCGAAAGGCGCGAUGCUGACACACAGCAACGUCAUCUCCAACUGCGCCGCCUUCAUCCGCAUCACUCAGAUACACUGCAUGCUCAACCACACUGAUAUCCACAUAUCCUACCUUCCCCUCGCUCACAUGUUCGAGAGGGUGGUAGAGAGUGUGAUCCUGGUGCACGGAGCAAAGAUCGGUUACUUUCAGGGUGACAUUCGUACACUGAUGGACGAUCUGAAGACUCUCAAGCCCACGGUGUUCCCCGUGGUCCCCCGACUCCUUAACCGCAUGUUCGACAAGAUCUUUGGGCAGGCGAACACUCCUCUGAGGCGCUGGCUGCUCGACUUCGCCACCCGGAGGAAAGAGUCGGAGCUGCGCAGCGGCAUCGUGAGGAAGGACAGCAUGUGGGACAAGCUCAUCUUCAACAAAGUCCAGGUGAGUCUGGGUGGGCAUGUGAGGCUGAUGAUCACCGGUGCUGCUCCAGUUUCCCCCACAGUGCUGACGUUCCUGCGAGCUGCUCUUGGCUGCCAGUUUUAUGAAGGUUAUGGACAGACAGAAUGUACUGCAGGAUGCUCCAUGUCAAUGCCAGGAGAUUGGACGGCAGGUCACGUGGGUCCUCCUUUACCCUGUAAUUAUGUUAAACUGGUGGAUGUGGCAGAGAUGAGCUACUAUGCAGCCAAUGGGGAAGGGGAGGUGUGUGUGAAAGGACCAAACGUGUUCCAGGGCUACCUGAAAGAUCCAGAGAAGACGGCGGAGGCCAUCGAUAGCGACGGCUGGCUGCACACGGGUGAUGUCGGCAAAUGGCUUCCGAACGGCACUCUGAAGAUCAUAGACAGGAAGAAGCACAUCUUUAAGCUGGCUCAAGGCGAGUACAUCGCUCCAGAGAAAAUCGAGAACAUCUACGUCCACAGUGACCCCGUGGCGCAGAUCUUCGUUCACGGAGACAGUCUGAAGGCAUGUUUAGUCGGCAUCGUGGUACCAGACCCGGACAUCCUCCCAGGAUGGGCAAAGAAGCGAGGUCUCGUGGGCUCCUACCUUGACCUGUGCAAGAGCAAGGAAGUGAAAAAUGCCAUUCUUGAGGACAUAGUUCGGCUGGGGAAAGAGGGCGGUCUGAAAUCCUUUGAGCAGGUGAGAGACAUCACCCUGACCCCCGAGAUGUUCUCCGUGCAGAACGGCCUCCUCACACCCACCCUGAAGGCCAAGAGAACAGAGCUGAAGAACCACUUCAAAGAAGAAAUCAAUCGGCUUUACGCCAAGAUCAAGAUGUAAGCACACACAGAGCGGGAGAGAGAAGAAGCUGGAGAAAACUGGAGAGUGUGACGUGAUCUCUCAAACGCACAUCCUCUGUGUAAAUAAAGUGCAGUUACGAUGAUGUCCACUUGGUGGCGCAUGAGCUUUUUGCCUAAACAUAUUUAGGUAACCAAUGUGAUUUAUUCAAUGCCUUCAGGCCAGUAAAUGCCUUCUGUCAAUACCAAUCAUUUUAAUAAGAACAGUUUAGGAAAAAUAUAAAAAAAAAAUAUGUAGCACUUCACCUCCCAUUUAUUAUAAAAAAAAAAGUAUAAACUAAACAUGUCCUGACUGAUCAAAUGUUUGACAAAUAUAUUUUAAAAUUUUUUUUGUCCAAACUGUUCCUUGUAAAUUACUAUAUUAAUAAUUCAGAUGUUCACUCAGAUGGUCUCACAGCAAAAUGAAGACAUUGAGAACAGGGUUUCCUUUCUUAAAUUUUAUUUUUUAUUUUAAAUGUUUGGUUGUUGCUAGCUUCAGUACGCUGCCUUCUGUAUCUUUCUCUGUGCCAUGUGGAUCUGUAUAUGAAUUAUUUCUGUUUAGUGCCAAAGACUGAUUGCUAAGUCAGGUUACGUUUCUAGCGUUGAAGCAAAUCUUUUUAUGGAUUUAUACGAAUAGUUUUUGGUUUAAACCUUUGAACUUGAUCGUGAUUUUAUAGCCGAAUACACCAAUCAGGCAUGACAUUAUGACCACCUUGUGUUGAGUCAGGGCUGUUUUGGCAGCAAAAGGGGGACCGUCAAGGCAUGGACUCCACUAGAUCCCUGAAGGUGUGCUGUGGGAUCUGGCACCAAGAUGUUAGCAGCAGAUCCUGUAUGUUGUGAGGUGAGGCCUCUAUGGGCUUAAAGGAUACUUUUGAUAGAUACUGACCACUGCAGACCGGGAACACCCCACAAGAGCUGCAGUUUUGGAGAUGCUCUGAUCCAGUGGUCUAGCCAUCACAAUUUGGUCCUUUUGGUCAAACUCACUCAAAUCCUUACGCCUGUCCAUUUUUCCUGCUUCUAACAUCGACUUUGAGGACAAAAUGUUGACUUGCUGCCUAAUAUAUCCCACCCACUAACAGGUGCCAUGAUGAGGAGAUCUUAUUCACGGCAGCUCUCAGUGGUCAUAAUGUUAUGCCUGAUCGGUGUAUGUUUAAAAUGAGAGAGAAAAAGCCGCCGUCGUGCCGUUAUAGGAAAAUAAUCCAAGAAGAGUUACAGUUAUCGUCCUGAAGUUGACGAUUUUCCAAUAACAACGAUGGCCUAAAGUGUUUUAUUCCUCUUACACAACAGCAAUUUCGUCAUUAGAACAAGAGUGCAUUAAUAUAAACCUGUGGUUCACAGCUGCACUGCCCUCAGAGCCGCUGGUAAAGGAAAUAAAUCAACAUCUGACCAGAUGUGAGAACCUGGCAUUGCUGUAAUAUUAAACUAAAUUAAACACUCGUCACAUUUAUCAUGCUGACAAGUUUACCUAAGCACAGAAACUGUUUGUAUUAUUAUUAUUCUUGUGUUAUAAAUUAAGUUUAUUUAAGAUCUUUCUCCGGUUGGGAAAAAAAAAAUAAAAUCACUGCCACUCCUAUUUGACAAAAUUCUGUACAGAUUUAUUUAUGUUUUAAGUGUAUGUAUUUUUUUGUGUAUAAUUACUGCAGUACUGAAGGUCGUUAUUUGUGUGUGGGUGAAAUAAAUGGAUUCUAUAUCUAUAUAAGGUUUUGUGGUUUUUUGUAAAACUUCAGAGCGCUCAGUCUGAUGGAGGAAAACAUCCUGUUUUAAAAUGAAGACUGACUGCAUGGCAAAUAUUGUGCUAUGUACAAUCACUGCAGUUUGUAUACACCGAUCAGGCAUAACAUUAUGACCACUGAGAGGCGCCGUGAAUAAGACUGAUGAUCUCCUCAGCACGGCACCUGUUAGUGGGUGGGAUAUAUUAGGCAGCAUGUGAACAUUUUCUCUUCAAAGUCGAUGUGUUAGAAGCGGGAAAAAUGGACGAGCGUAAGGAUAUGAGCGAGUCUGAUGAAGAUCGAUUAAUUAAUUGCAAUCAAAAGUAUCACAGCUUACAGGACUUGAAGGAUCUGCUGCUCACAUCUUGGCGCCAGAUCCCACAGCACACCUUCAGGGAUCUAGUGGAGUCCAUGCAUCGACGGGUCAGGGCUGUUUUGGCAGCAAGAAGGGGGACCAACACAAUAUUAAGCAGGUGGUCAUAAUGUUAUGGCUGAUCGGUGUCAUAAAUGAUGCACCCUAGUUUCAUUCUCCUUUAGAGACAACAAAAACUUUUCUUUUUUUCUCUCUGCAUAGAGAAAACCACUGACAGAUACUACGUAUUAUUUCUAUGUAUAAAAUAAAUAAAAAAAUAAAUAAAAUACCUGUACAGGUAGCACUCAUCUGCCUGUAGAGGUAGCAGAGGUCAGCUUAUCCUUCACAACAUUUAAAGUAUUCAACAAAAUCAAAACAAUGGAUUACAACUGUGAUAAAAAAAAAUAUAGGUUUCUAAAAGAUAGCUAGCUAACAGUUUUCAGCAGCUUCACGGCUUUCUCACAGAUAAAGCAGGCUUUUCCGCUAUAAACAUCUGAACACGAAUAAAUAGCAGCAGUCAUGAACUGCUACAGCGACGUUAGGUGGAAAACAAUUCUCCAUCUUCCAGCGACGUUUAGCUUCGCUUCAGGUGGAUGAAAAUGUAGUUAAAUGGCAACGUUAACAUUCGUUUUGAACUGAAAUCACUCGAAGCACUGUUAUGUUCCCUGUCCUGACCACCAUGUCCUCCAAAUCUCAACCUACACAAGAUAACCAGACCUUCUUUCUAACUUUCAAGACGUUCCCACUGAUCCCAUGAGGUUCUUAUAAUUAAUUAAUUGAAAACAACCUCGUCAUGUUUCACCCGCAGGAGUUUGCUAGAACAGACGAGUUCAUGUGGAAGGUCCAUGGAUCAGGGUUAGUUUAAUUUCAUGCUACUUGGAAAAAAAUGAUAUUAGGUUGUGUGAAAACAGGUUGAUGAUAGCGUGGAGACAAUCCAGCAUUAAACGACUCCAUCUAAAACACAAAAAGCAACAACUUACACAAACUUCACCUUCCCUGUUCAUUCAGGAGAGAACCUGGAUGAACUAGUACCAGAGGAAUCAUCCAAAAGUUUUUGAGAGAACUUAAUUGGACAAAAGUUUAGAAUUCACCCAUAAGUGACAAAUUAUAAUGCAAACACAUGUUGCUGGGGAAAGGGAAGUACAAAAAGGGCUAAAACACCAGGUUUAAUUUCAGGAGCACCUUAAAAUGUUCCUUCAAAUGGACACCAUAUUGAAUAUUGAGUUGAACACUGAGCUAACACUGAAAUAGCCUCCUUUUGUUGGAAAACUGCACAAAAAUGCCCCAUGGUUUCCUCAUCUAAACAUCAAUAAUUAACCUAAGAGCUAACUUUUACAAUUAAAUACUCAGUAGAAAAACUUUCUUACCAGUUUUCCGUGAGGUAAAGUUGACGAGCAGUGAUGUGUCGGUUCGUGAAAGAGUCGGUUCCUUCGGCGGUUCCAGAGAGAAUCGAUUCGCAGAUCUGAGACUUUCCGUAAUUGAACAGUAGAAAAAGACAGUUUUUUAAGCUGUAUUUAUUUAUUAAUGAGAAUGAUCAGCAUUUAUAUCACCUAAAUGUCGUAGUUUAAAGGCUAAAACCCAACUGAACUAAAAUAUUUGGCUAACAUUAGACAACUAGCUCACCUUUGCUAACGCAACAUAACAUAUCUUUGUUAAACUUUUACUUAAAAAAGUUCAAUAUGGAUAUAAAUAAUUAACAGAACUGUUCAGAUUAAAACUGACAUACUGAGAAACAAAAGUAAUACGCCUUAAAAAAAAAAAAAACACUUUCUUACCACAUUUAUCCACGCCAAGUUGCAUGCUUCGAUGAAGGAUUCGAUUCCUUGAUUCGACUCUUUGAGGGAACUGUUUGUGGUGAUCGAACGGAGCCGACUCCGAAGAGUCGCUUCGGUGAUUGGACAAUAAAUUCACACGCCAAAACAAAAUCAGUAUAAUUUUCAUUCUUAAAUAUUUUUUAAUGAGUUUAUAUUUUAAAGUUAUAACAGGCUUAUAAAUGUUUUAAGUGCUGUAGAUUUUGUAGUUUUUAAUAAUGUUUAAAGUGAUUCAUGGUAUGGAAGCUGUUAUGAAGGAUGAUAACUCACCUCAAUAAAAAAUCCUUUACAUUUA